AUCAGCGCAUUUCUUUCCAAACAACUCUCCGGUGAUAGAAAUAGAAAAAUUAGGUUAACCUGCAGUGCGAGACGGGCCGCUGCCGGCGCGGUUCACCUCCACUGACGUGUGGGCCUCGAAUGGCUAAUCUGUCCUAACACGGGUAAUCGCCCAGACCGGCACCCGUUGGCCGCUGCCGCUGCCGCUGCCGGGACCGGGAGUGCGCGUCCGACUGUCCGUGUUAACCACAAGCCUCCCAACGCGGUGAGCUCACCCUAGUCGGGUCCAUCUCCGUCGUCCACGUCGCCCUUAUCUCGGAUCCGGCGGCGUCGGGCGGUGCAAGAACGGCCGCGGGCUGCGUCCCUUCCGCGAUAGGUUUACUUUGCGGAGCCCUCACCCGCCCCUGUUCCUCCCAGCCCCCGAGCCGUUUCCCUUUCAUUUCGUCUCUCCUCCUCGCUCCCUUUUCUCUUCUGGCGCCCCCACCCCCCUGGCGAUUAGCUCCCGCCCGCCUCCCGCUCCGCUCCCCACCGCGCUCGCCGUGCUGUCUCGGCGCUGCGCCCGGCGGCGCCGUGAGGGUUGGAGGGUGCUCGUGGCCGGCAGAUCCGGCGUCGGCGUCGGCGUCGGCGGACAGGCUCGGAGGUGAGAUCGGCGGCGGGGAAGGGCAGAGCGCGCGAGGUGGUCGAGGGAGGAAUCGGCUGCGCGCGGAGGCGGGGAGGAGGUCGAGCUCGCCUGGUGCUGCAUGGGGGCAUGAAGCGCGGCACCAGGGACGACGCCCUCAUGGGGUCCCAGCUCAAACGCUCGAACGUUGUCCGAUCCGAUCCGUCGGCUCAGCCACAGCAUAUGUCUGUGCCUGGUUCAGCGUCUGCGGCCGCACCGCCGCCUCAGGCUGGCGCUGCUCCGCCGGCGCAGCCGCAGCAGCCGUCCGGUGCGGCCUUUACCAACCAGAAGCUGACGACAAAUGAUGCGCUCGUCUACCUUAAGGCAGUUAAGGAUAAGUUUCAGGACAAACGGGAGAAGUACGAGGAGUUCCUCGAGGUCAUGCGCGACUUCAAGAGCGAGAGGAUUGACACCAAUGGAGUGAUUGUCCGUGUCAAAACGCUGUUCAACGGGUACCCUGAACUGAUCCUUGGGUUCAACGCCUUCUUGCCUAAGGGCUAUGCGAUCAAGCUACAAGAAGAGAAGAAACCUGUCGAUUUUGUGGAAGCUAUCAAUUUCGUGAACAAGAUAAAGAAUCGGUUUCAGCAUGAUGAACAAGUUUACAAGGCAUUCUUGGACAUCCUCAACAUGUACCGCAAGGAUAAUAAGUCUAUCCAAGAUGUUUACCAUGAGGUUGCUAUGCUGUUCAAAGACCAUAAAGAUUUGCUUGAAGAGUUCCAGCACUUCCUGCCUGAUACUUCAGUGGCUCCACAAGCAGUGGCCUCAAAGGGUGGUUUGGUUAAGCGGGAGGACAGGAGCUCUUUAGUGCCUCCUGCAAAUAAGAUCCUUCACAAUGAUAAGAGGGACAGAGUUUACCUGUCACAUGCUGACCGUGAUUUUAGUGUUGACCGUCCUGAUGUGGAGCAUGAUCGCCAGAGAAGACGUCUUGAUAAAGACAAAGAACGGAAGGUGGAAAGGGACAGAAGGGAUUAUGAGAGAGAAGACAAGGAUGGUGAACAUGACAGCAGAGACCUGGAGCUAGGACAGCGUAAGCGAAAGCCUUUUUCAAGGAAUAUCGAGGAUAAUGUAGGUGCUGAGACACACCAAGGAGGCCCCAGUGAGAAUCAUGGAAUCCACAGUGUAUCUGCUUCAUCAUAUGACGAUAAGGAUGCGCUGAAGAGUGUAUACACACAUGAGUUCCAUUUCUGCGAGAAGGUGAAGGAAAAGCUGGAGCAUGAAGCUUACCAAGAGUUUUUGAAAUGUCUACACAUCUAUAGCCAAGAGAUUAUCACAAGAAGUGAACUGAAGAACUUGGUGAAUGAUAUACUCCAACAUUAUCCAGAUCUUAUGGAAGGGUUUAACGAAUUCUUGGAGCAUUGUGAAAAUAUAGAUGGAUUUCUUGCCGGUGUCUUCAACAAAAGGCCAAGCACGAGGGCUGUUAAAACUGAGGAUAAAGAAAAGGAUAGAGAUCGGGACAGGGAGGACAAGGAUAGAGAUCGGGAAAAGGAAAGAGAAAAGGAACGAGAAAGGCUCGAUAAAGGAUCAACAUUCAAUUCAAAGGAAGGUUCUAGUCACAAACCUUCUAUGUUCUCUGGCAAAGAGAAGUACAACCUAUCCAAACCAAUAUCAGAGCUUGAUCUCUCAAACUGUCAACGCUGCACUCCGAGUUACCGGCUUCUACCUAAAAAUUAUCCCAUGCCCCCAGCCAGCAACAGGACUGAUCUUGGAGCUUCUGUUCUGAAUGAUCACUGGGUAUCAGUGACAUCAGGAAGUGAAGAUUAUUCAUUUAAACACAUGCGGAAGAAUCAGUACGAGGAAAGCUUAUUUAGAUGCGAGGAUGACAGGUUUGAGUUGGAUAUGCUGUUGGAAUCAGUUAAUGCAGCGACUAAGCGUGUUGAAGAGCUGAUAGAGAAGAUGCAGGACAACUCAGUCAAACCUGAGAGCCCAAUACGCAUCGAUGAACAUUUGACUCCGUUGAACCUGAGGUGCAUUGAGCGACUGUACGGUGAUCAUGGUCUGGAUGUGAUGGAUGUUCUACGCAAAAAUGCUAGUGUUGCAUUGCCAGUUAUUCUAACUAGGCUCAAACAGAAGCAGGAGGAGUGGUCAAGGUGUCGAUCAGAUUUCAACAAAGUUUGGGCCGAAAUAUAUGCCAAAAAUUAUCACAAGUCACUUGACCAUCGUAGUUUCUAUUUCAAGCAGCAAGAUACGAAGAACCUGAGCACAAAGUCUCUCCUGACAGAGAUAAAAGAAAUUAAUGAGAAGAAAAGGAAGGAAGAUGAUGUGCUCCUUGCCAUUGCUGCUGGAAAUAGGCGGCCUAUAGUUCCCAAUAUGUCAUUCGAGUAUAUAGACUCGGAAAUCCAUGAAGAUCUACAUAAAAUCAUUAAGUACUCCUGUGCUGAAGUCUGCAACUCUUCAGAUCAAUUAGAUAAAGUGAUGAGAGUAUGGACAACUUUUCUGGAGCCAGUUUUGGGUGUUCAGCAAAAACAUGGGUCUGAGGAUCCUGAUCUAGUUAAGACCAAGAGCCGAACAACAAAAUUGGGUCUUGCAAAUGUGAGAGAAAGCAAUACCAUAGCUGGGAUUGUCUCCAAGCAAAGCAAUGGCGAUGAAAGUGAACAAGGUCCGUCAUCUCGGGCUAGAUUAGCAAAUGGAGUUGCAGCGGGCACUCAAAAUGGUUUCCAUGAUGCAGAUCGAAUUGCCCGUAAAGGUGAAGAACCAUCAAACGCUAUACUAAAUGGAAGAGUGCAUGGUGCUGUCUCUGCAGAUGAAACACUUUCCCUGAUCACACAAAACAUUGCUUCUACCGAGCGACCAGCAGAAAAUGCUGCUGCUGUUAGGACUGAGCAACAUAAGGCGAACUUGGUACUUACGCCAGGCAUGAAUGCUUCUAGAAGUUCUCAUGAUGCAGUUGAGGUGGCUGGUGAAGGCAAGACUGGCAAUGAAACAUUGCUUUCUGCCGAGGGAGGGGAGAGGUUGGGACCAUCUUUAAAUGGCACCAGCGAGGGAAUUAAAGGGCGCCUAAAUAAUGAUGGUUCUGUGCCCCACACUUCAAAAGUUGAAAGAGAAGAGGGUGAAUUGUCGCCUAACGGAGAUUUUGAAGAGGACCAUUUUGUUCCUUUCGAAGAUGGAACAUCUAAAGGAAAGGAAGAUUCUACAAGCAGACCAUUCCAUGGUAGGCCUGGGGAAGUGGUACCCUCUUCUGCCGAGGCAGCUGGUGAGAAUGAUGCUGAUGCUGAUGACGAGGGUGAGGAAAGUGCUCAGAGGUCUACUGAGGACAGUGAAAAUGCUUCAGAGGCGGGUGAAGAUGCAUCGGGUAGUGAAUCUGGUGAUGGUGAGGAAUGCUCUCGUGAAGAUCAUGAUGAGGAAGAAGAGGAUAUGGAUCACGAUGAUCAGGAUGCAAAAGCUGAAAGUGAGGGUGAGGCAGAAGGAACAACUGAAACACAUGAUGUGGAAGGGGGAAUAUCACUACCACUUUCAGAACGCUUUCUGUACUCAGUUAAACCACUUGCCAAGCAUGUACCUACAGCUUUACAUGAUCGAGAGUUCUCACGUGUAUUUUAUGGAAACGAUUCAUUUUAUGUGUUGUUCAGACUACAUCAGAUUUUAUAUGAGAGACUACUUUCAGCAAAAACUAAUUCUUUCACUGCUGAAAAGAAAUGGAGGAAUUCUAAGGAUACAAACCCUCCUGAUUUAUAUGCAAAGUUUAUGAGCGCGCUGUACAACUUGCUUGAUGGUUCCUCUGACAACACCAAAUUUGAGGAUGACUGCCGAGCUAUUAUUGGGACUCAAUCAUAUGUCCUCUUUACUUUAGAUAAACUGAUUUAUAAAGUUGUGAAGCAGCUUCAAGCUAUAGCAACAGAUGAAAUGGACAAUAAGCUUCUGCAACUAUAUUUAUAUGAAAAAUCAAGAUCUCCUGGGAGGUUCUUUGACCUAGUUUAUCAUGAAAAUGCCCGUGUUCUACUCCAUGAUGAGAGCAUAUACCGAUUUGAAUGUUGCUCGAGUCCGACAAGGUUGUCUAUUCAGCUGAUGGAAUAUGGUCACGAAAAGCCAGAAGUGACUGCAGUAUCAAUUGAACCAAAUUUUUCUUCGUAUCUUUUUAGCGAGUACUUGUGUAGUACGCCAGACAAGAAAUUAUCUGAAGGCGUCUACCUUGGAAGGAAUAAGCGGAAAUAUUCAAAUAAUGAUGAACCUUCAGAUUCUUUGAAGGCAAUGGAUGGUAUCAAUGUUGUGAAUGGUCUUGAAUGCAAGAUAUCCUGCAAGACCUCGAAAGUUUCAUAUGUCCUUGAUACUGAAGAUUUCUUGUUCCGGCUUCGGAAGAGAAGGAAAAUUUUGCGGGGCGGGAAUGUGCCCGACCGUUUGCAGAUUUCAUCAAUAUCUGCUGCAAAAGUGCAGCGCUUCAAUAGGUUCCUAUCCAAACUAGGAUCAUUUGGCAUACAAAUGUAUCGAAACCUGUUGCUGGGGUCCCAGCUGCUUGGCUUGAACAAUGAUCAUCGACGUCGCGGAGUCCCCUUUCGGAAUAACAGAUGGGGACAUAGGGUAAAUACAGCAAAGCGAAGCGAGCAUGUAGGCCACAGUAGUCAGUCUGUUGUUCCGAAAGAUGUGUAUAUAUGUAUUAGCAGCAUGAUUGUUCUGAUUAUCUUUUUACUGAUUUUCGAUGGUAGGUCUAUUCCAUCAAGUAUUUAACUAAUCAUUUGUUGCUGUUGGUAUAGGUCUUUUGUUCUUUUAGCCGUCGUUUUGCAUUGAAGAUAUGUAGCCAAAAUUAAAAACCUGUGUCGAACAGUUAUGUAGUCUUGGCUCCAUUAAUCAAACGGACACCGUAAUUUCUUGGAGCCUUUUGGUGAGGUUGCCAGCAACCUCUCUUGUGUAUCCAAUUCAA